AUGGCGAACAAAGGUGGAGGUGGUGGGCUGUUCCGCUAUGCCGAUGGGAUAGACAAACUGCUCUUGCUUUUCGGAACUUUGGGUAGCAUCGGAGACGGGAUGAUGUCCCCUGUUAACAUGUACAUACUUAGCGGCGCGUUAAACGAUUACGGGUCAGCUGAUCAAUCUUUCUCCAAUGAAGUAGUCGACAAGUAUGCACUUAGGCUGCUUUAUUCUGCAAUCGGAGUGGGAAUAUCUGCUUUCAUUGAGGGAGUUUGUUGGACGAGAAGUGCAGAACGGCAGGCAUCUCGCAUGAGGACCGAAUAUCUAAAAUCGGUUCUCAGGCAAGAAGUCGGUUUCUUCGAUGAUCAAACAGCCUCUUCCUCGACGUUCCAGGUCAUCUCUACCGUCACUUCCGAUGUGCAUUCCAUCCAAGACACCAUCGCCGACAAGAUACCAAACUGCCUGGCUCACCUCACAUCAUUCAUAUUAAGCCUUGUGGUUUGCUUCAAGCUUUCCUGGCGACUAGCGUUGGCUGCUCUGCCCUUCGCGCUAAUGUUCAUAAUCCCGGGACUCGGAUUCGGUAAGGCACUGAUGAACGUAGGGGCUGAGAUGAAGGCUGCUUAUGGUAAUGCAGGUGGGAUUGCAGAGCAUGCUAUUUCCUCGAUCCGAACAGUUUAUUCUUAUGUCGCUGAGUCUCAAACUCUAGACAAGUUUAGCAAUGCUCUUCAGAAAAGUAUGGAGCUGGGGAUGAAACAGGGUUUCACUAAAGGCUUGCUGAUCGGAAGCAUGGGAAUGAUUUAUGCAGCAUGGGCUUUUCAAGCUUGGGUUGGCGGUGUUCUCGUGACUGAAAAAGGUGAAAGCGGCGGUGCUGUCUUCGUCGCUGGGAUCUGUAUCAUCAUGGGAGGAUUGGCUGUUAUGAGUGCUCUUCCAAAUCUGUCAUUCAUCUUAGAGGCAAGGCAUGCUGCCUCGAAGAUUUUCGAGAUGAUCGAUCGGAAUCCGAAUAUACACUCCGAAAACAGAAAGGAAAAACUCCUAUCACAUGUGAGAGGAGAUGUAGAAUUCAAGGAUGUAGACUUUAGUUAUCCAUCCAGGCCCGAAACACUUGUUCUCCAUCGAUUUAAUCUUAAAGUUCAAGCAGGAAAGACGGUAGGCCUUGUUGGAGGUAGUGGUUCCGGCAAGUCGACAACCAUUUCCUUGCUCGAAAGAUUUUACGACCCCAUCAAUGGAGAUAUUCUCCUGGAUGGACACAAUAUAAAGAAACUUCAGAUUAAAUGGUUGAGAUCCCAAAUGGGACUGGUUAAUCAAGAGCCAAUUCUCUUUGCAACGUCCAUAAAAGAGAACAUUCUCUUUGGUAAAGAAGGAGCAUCGAUGGAGCUUGUUGUUAAGGCAGCGAAGGCCACAAAUGCGCAUGAUUUCAUUGUGAAGUUGCCUGAUGGAUAUGAAACUCAAGUAGGACAAUUCGGGCUUCAGUUAUCAGGAGGGCAAAAGCAAAGGAUCGCCAUAGCAAGGGCACUGAUCCGAGAUCCGAAGAUCCUUCUUCUCGACGAAGCAACGAGUGCAUUGGAUGCACAAUCUGAAAAGAUAGUGCAGGAAGCCUUGGAUAAUGCCUCACAAGGAAGGACUACGAUUAUCGUUGCACAUCGACUUUCGACAAUCCGUAAUGCAGACUUGAUAGCAGUUAUCCAAUCAGGAAGAGUCAUAGAAUCCGGCUCGCACGACGAACUUAUCCAAAUGAACAAUGGGGUCGGAGGGGCCUAUAAGAAAAUGGUCGAGUUGCAGCAAACAGCAAUGCAAAAUGAAGCAUCCGAUGGUUCGUUUAAUCAACCCGAAGGUAGAAACAACUUCACUAGCCGAACACCGGGGACUCCAGGGACACCAGUAAGUAUAAGAUCAAGCUACCAAAGCAGCCCUGCAUAUCCUCUUGGCUCAGCAUACCCUUUCACCCCGGUAUAUUCCUUCACCGUUGCAAGCUCGGUCGAUAUGCAUUCGAACCAAAACCAAAACGACAUGAACAAAAAUGAUUCUUCUCACUCUCAACCAUCCGCAUGGCGAUUGUUUCGAAUGAAUGCACCAGAAUGGAAGAGAACAUUACUGGGGUGCAUAGGUGCCAUGAGCAGUGGAGCAAUUCAACCAAUCUACGCCUAUUCCAUGGGAACGGUUGCCUCCGUUUACUUCAUUAAAGACAGUUCCAAGCUCAAAUCCGAAAUCAGACUCUACAGCUUAAUUUUCCUCGGGCUGGCGGUUUCAAGUUUCUUUGCAAAUCUUCUGCAACAUUACAAUUUUGCAGUCAUGGGCGAACGAUUAGUCAAAAGGGUACGUGAAAAAACACUCACCAAAGUACUCACCUUCGAGGUCGGCUGGUUCGAUCAAGAGGAAAACUCUAGUGCCGCCGUUUGUGCUCGGUUAUCGACCGAAGCUGGCACAUUCCGUUCAUUCAUUGCGGACCGAAUGUCGUUACUGGUUCAGGUUUUCUUUAGUGCUUCCUUGGCCUUUCUGUUUUCAUUGAUCGUAACAUGGAGGAUCGCCAUUGUUAUGAUUGCCUUUCAGCCAUUGCUCAUCGGAUGCUUCUACUCCCGAACUGUUCUAAUGAAAAGCAUGUCUAAAAAAGCUCAAAAGGCACAAAACGAAGGGAGCCAGUUAGCAAGUGAAGCCAUUGUUAACCAUAGAACCAUCACAGCAUUUUCCUCUCAGAAAAGGAUAUUACAUCUGUUCAUAGGAACAAUGAAAGGUCCCCGACAACAAAGCGUCAAACAAGGCUACAUUUCUGGGUUUGGUCUAUUUAGCUCACAGUUUCUUACAACAGCUUCCAUUGCGCUAACAUUCUGGUACGGUGGGAGGCUGAUAAAUCAAGGAUUGGUGACCCCAAAGCAUCUGUUCCAAGCAUUCUUCAUACUGAUGAGCACCGGUAAAAACAUAGCCGAUACCGGAAGCAUGACAUCGGACUUGGCCAAAGGCGGCGGUGCCAUCAAGAGAAUAUUUGCGAUUCUUGAUCGGAGAAGUGAGAUUGAACCAGAACAUGGUAAAGGGAUUGAAGUUGAUGAAAGUAAUAAGGGGCAGAUUGAAUUGAAGAAUGUGUUUUUCUCUUAUCCUUCAAGGCCUAACCAGAUGAUCUUCAAAGGGUUGAGUCUCAAAAUCGAAGCGGGCAAAACAAUGGCGCUCGUGGGGCAAAGUGGAUCUGGGAAAUCCACCAUUAUUGGUUUGAUUGAAAGAUUUUAUGACCCACAAAGUGGAUCCGUAUUCAUCGAUGAACACGAUAUCAAGAGCUAUGACUUGAGGAACUUGAGGUCGCAUAUUGCAUUGGUGAGCCAAGAGCCCACUCUUUUUGCAGGUACUAUCCGGCAAAACAUUGCAUAUGGUCAAGAGGAAGCUAGCGAAGCUGAAAUAAGUAAAGCUGCAAAGCUAGCCAAUGCCCAUGAAUUUAUAAGUGCCAUGAAAGAUGGGUACGAGACAUAUUGUGGUGAAAGAGGAGCUAAGCUAUCGGGAGGGCAGAAGCAAAGGAUAGCGUUGGCUCGAGCCAUAUUAAAGAACCCGAUGAUCCUUCUCCUAGACGAGGCAACCAGUGCACUCGACAGCGAGUCGGAGAGUCUAGUCCAGAAGGCAUUGGAGAAGAUGAUGGUUCGGAUAACAUGCGUCGUCGUGGCUCAUCGGUUGUCCACAAUACAGAAAGCAGAUUCAAUAGCUGUGAUCAAGAGCGGGAAGGUGGUGGAACAAGGAUCGCAUUCUGGUCUCCUGGGCAUGGGUCGGGCUGGGGCGUAUUACUCUUUGAUCAAGCUUCAAAAUGGUCAGUCUCCCUACAGAUGAGCACCA